AUGACAUUGGCUUCGCUCUUCUCGCAUCGAUUCAGUGUCCCUUGGCAAUGCCCACUCGGCACUCACGGUGCGGGACUUGUCGACGCAGACUUGCCACGCGCCACAGUCCUCCACGCUGCAGUCCGCGGCGGCCACGACCACAUUGUCAAGUGGAUUCUGGAGCACAUCCCGGAUGCCGAUGUCGACUGCAAGGCAUACCUCUGGUGCCUCUGCCCCUCCACACAUAUGCAGUUCUCGCAGUACCGACAUAAGUGGCAGCCCAGCCUAUGCGCCACGCCCCUCCACAUGGCCCUCGCAGCAGGUGCCGGGUCCACGGCUAAGAUACUCAUAUCUCGCGGCGCCGUCUGGGACAGAGAGUUCACAUUUACAGCCGGAAUGACGGGCUUGCACAUGAUGGCCGCCAACGGCAUGACAGACCUCAUCAACUGGGUCGUGGACGAACCAACCGCCCGCCGCAACGCGCUUCACGACUGGCCCGACGAAUGGGGCCGAUCCAGCUUACACUACGCCACCUUUGCAGCUUCCACAAGAACGGGGCAUUUUGAAGUCGAUAUAUUCAAUGCCAGAAACCUGGUUGAGAGCCUGCUGCGUCUCGGGGCUAUCGCCAACACCAAGGACCGUGCAAGGCUUUCCCGAAAUAUCGUGCUUGAGCGGGAUCAGCUGCGUAGAAGGCUGGAUUGCUGGGACCAGCUGAGUCACAACUCACACAUGGCUUGGACUGACCGCUUCCGCCGUGGCCUCGCCUUCAUGGGGGAGAUGUGGUUCUUGAGACCAACGCCUGUCAACUACGCUCUGAAACGCGGCAACAGUGCAGUCGCGUUUGCUAUCGAGGAGGCUUCUUUGGUCCAGGAGGAACGCGCCUGA